AUGGAGGCUGAGGCGGAGGUGACCACGCUGUCGCUGGCGCUGUCCAACUGGACGACGGCGGUGGGGCUGCGGCCGGCGCUCGACGGCAACCCGGGCCUGCUGUACGUGCAGUACAGCCGCAACCGCAACGUGGAGGGCGCCGCCUUCUGCUGGCUCGUCGGCUGCUACUCGCUGCUCAUCGUGCUGGGCGCCGCCGGCAACUCGCUCGUCGUCUGCGCCGUGGUGCGCAAGCGCGCCAUGCGCACCGCGCGCAACCUCUUCAUCGUCAACCUGGCCGUCUCAGACCUGCUGCUCUGCCUCGUCACCAUGCCGCUCACGCUCAUGGAGAUCCUCACCAAGUACUGGCCGCUCGGCCGCGAGCCCGUCGUCUGCAAGAUGCUCGGCACCCUGCAGGCGACGAGCAUCUUCGUGUCGACGAUGAGCAUCACGGCGAUUGCCUUGGACCGCUACCACGUGAUCGUGUACCCGACGCGCGAGAGCCUCAAGAAGGUGGGCGCGGCGGCCAUCCUGUCCCUCAUCUGGCUGCUGUCGCUGGUGCUGGCGUCGCCCAUGUUCGUGUGGCGCUCGCUGGACCAGCACGAGCUCAACCUGCCGGGCCUCCAGUACGUCUCCUACUGCGUCGAGAAGUGGCCCGUGGCGCACGGCCGCGCCUACUACUCGGCUUUCUCGCUCGUUUUCCAGUACCUGCUGCCCAUCAUCACCGUCACCAUCGCCUACUCGCGCAUCUGCAGGAAGCUCCGCUACAGGUACGUGAAUCCCGCGUCGAUGGUGUCGCGGUGCGGCAGCACGCCGGGCACGUCUGCAGCGAACGGACGGGGCGCCGGGGGCGGCGCUGGAGGCGCUGCUGGGGGCGGUGCUGGCGGCGGCGGCGGGCUGCAGUACGCGGCGUCGACACGCGCCCGCAAGGGCAAGGACGACCGGCGCAUGCGGCGCACCAACGCGCUGCUCUACUCCAUCGCGCUCAUCUUCUGCGUCAGCUGGCUGCCGCUCAACAUCUUCAACCUCGUCGUAGACGUGUGGAACCCAUUCAGCGGGUCGCAGGCGAUGCUGGUGACGUACGCGGUGUGCCACAUGAUGGGCAUGUCGUCGGCGUGCUCCAACCCGCUGCUGUACGGCUGGCUCAACGACAACUUCCGCAAGGAGUUCCUGGAGAUCGCGGCGGCGCUAUGCCCGUGCGCGCCAGCCGCCCAGGCCGCGGUGCGAGAGCGCGUCGGCUCCCUGCGCUCCAGCCUCGCCGGCCGGGGGCGCUAG